AUGAAUGAAUUAAUGUCUCGUCUCGGUAUUUUACACUAAUUAAUUAUGCGAGAAAUCGAAAUGAUAUAGAAAACAUGCUUCUAAGAGUUUAAGUUUUAGUUUAUUUCUCGAACAAUUCAAAUAUUCGGCUCGUAAUUCGAUAAAUUUAAUUUUUUAAUUUCAGUACGAGAAAAUUAGUUCCAUUUUUCGUCACUAGAUGGAUUAUAUUAUUUCGUUAUUCACAAUUGGAUCAAUUUUUCAUUUACAAGAAAAACUAGCUAAUAAAAUUAAUUUAUAAUCUUUUGCAAUUAUACUUUGUCUAAUUGAGGUUCCAACUUUCUUCCUUCAUUGUAUUUGAGCUUCGAAAUGCAAUGUAAUCAGUAAUUAUGAAACCGAUAAUGACGCAUGUGACACAUAAAUGAAUUUAAACGGAGAUUUAAAAAAAGUUGAAUUUUAAGUUGUUCAAUUUGUCUUCGUCUGUAUCUGUCAUUAAUUUCGAGUGAUUUGAACAGAAUUCUGCUGUCCAUAUAUCAUAAAGAUUUCGAUUUUUUCUGAAAUUGGUAUUUCAGAACAUGGGACAGAUGAAAUCACAUUUAAUGUCAUAUCUAUUCUUUCCUUAAUCAAUGACACAGACUAGGUAUAUGACUGACGAUAAAGAAAAAGUUUAUUAUAACGAUCGAGCUACUUCAAAAAAUUGUAUACAUUUCUAGUGACGCAUCUAUUUCAAUGUUAUUUCAUGAUUUGUUUGUACAGCUAAGAAAAGUAUGGCGACUUGGGAAGGUGAAAAAUUUCAGGAAAUCGGAAAUGCCGAUGAUAUUGAGGAAAAUUUUGAUAACAUUCUCGUGACACAUGAUCUUCAGGAUUGUCUGGAUGAUAGUUUAGAUUUAACCAGUUUUGAAAAAGUGUACGAUCAGAACGAUGUAUUUGAUUAUGAAAAGUAUUCCGAUGACGGUGCCCCUAUUGAUAAAAAACUAUCUAAUGAUGAUGCCUCCGAGUACUCCCAGCAAACUUUUUAUGUGGAGGGAAUUCUCAAAACUUUCAGGCGAGUAUCGAUUUAAAUGUGCAGAACCAAAUUGUGGCAAGGCAUUUCUUACAUCGUACAGCCUUAAGAUUCAUACUAGGGUACACACAAAAGUGAAACCAUUUGAAUGCAAUCACAAAGGCUGUGAAAAAGCAUUCAAUACCCUUUACAGACUGAGAGCUCACCAAAGACUUCACAGUGGCAACACAUUUAAUUGCGAAGAGACUGGAUGUGUUAAAUUCUUCACCACUCUAAGUGAUCUCAAGAAACAUAUUCGUACUCAUACUCAAGAAAGACCUUACAAAUGUAGAGAAAAAGGAUGUGGUAAGGCCUUCACAGCAUCGCAUCAUUUAAAAACUCAUAAAAGAACACAUACAGGAGAACGACCCUAUGUAUGCACUACAGGCAAUUGCAAACGAUCUUUCACCACACCUCAUAGUUUAAAGAGUCAUUUGAGAACUCAUAAAAAAACGACUGAUAGCAAUGAGACGAAACAUGAAGUCAAUAAAGAUAAUUAUAAAAACCAAAGAAACAGUAAGAUAUUGAAUACGGAAAUCGACGUUGAUGAAGUCACGUCGAGAAAUACAAAUGUGCCAUGUUAUGCCAUUAUACCGUUAUCUUCUAAUAAUACAGAAAAUAAGGAAAGUAUUACUUUUUUAUCUAUAGAAAAUCCAAAUGAUCAGUCAUCUUCUACAAAUGAUAUGAUAGAUAUCUUAAAUCAAAAUAGACUAAACAAAGAACUUGAUUAUAACAUCACUAAUAAAGAUACUGAAAAUUUAAAUAAAUCAACAAAUGUUACUCUUCUUAAUUCAGAAGAUAUUAUCUUAAAUAAUUUUACUGAGCAUGCAAUUGAUAAUUUUAAUAACAAUGAGAGUUAUGAUAAAUUUAAAAUGUUUAAUGAAGUAAAUGAUUCGAAUUUACGAGAUCAAAAUCAACAAUAUAAUUCUAAUUCUUCAAUAAAAGUUCAAGAUAGCAAAACAGAUAAUAGAGAUAAGUCUAAUGCAAUAAAUUUAGAACAAAAAAUUAUACAAGAUGGCCUACAAAAUACUAUUGCUCAUAUCGCAGAAGGAACAAAUUUUACAAGUGAUAUGCAACAAUAUGUAAAUGAUAAUUCUAUUGAUGAGGAAGUUUAUAAUAAUAGAACAAAUGUAAGUGAGGUUGUUAAAAGUAAUAAUACCACUUUGUACAACGCAAAUUCUGUUACUAGUCAUGUAUCAAAUAUAAUUAAUUCCUCUAAUGAGACUCAAUUGUUUGAUAGUGAGAUGGAAAAUUUACCAUUUAUUAAUGAUAGUUUACGAACUAGAUCUCUUAAUAACGACGUCGAACAGGCAUUAAAUUGUAAUGUUAUUUCAACUACGCAGUCAGAAGCUGUUGAACUUGCUAUUGCAUCAGAGGAGGAAAUACCUUCUCCUUGGAUAGAUGUUAUGGCAAUGGCAACUCCGUCUGCUUUAAGAAGGCAAUCAUGGUCAGAACUGAAUGCUUUUCCAACAGCGGUUCAUUUGUUAGUUGAUUUAGUUGAACCGGAACCAUAUCCAUUAGAAAACCAGUUACAACCAUUACAGCAAGUGGAUAAUGUAAAUUUAGUAGAUGUGGAAAAUAUUAAUAUUGAAUGUACUGAAGUUACGCAUAAAGAAAAUAAUAAUGAUAAAGAAAGAGAAAAUAGUACAAAAAUAAAAAAAAAUAGAAAUAUCCUACAGGAAAUCACAGCCGAAGCAGAUAUAUGCAAAUGUAUUGAUUGUAAGUGUGAUCAAUUAAAAAAUUGUCAAAAUUGCUCAAAUAAUAUAAUUCCUGAAGUUAAUAAAAAGCACGUUUCACCGAAAAUGGUAGACAAUUAUGUAUCUUGUGUUUGUGACAAUGAAUCCAAUGGGUCUUGUUGUGUUGUUAUUUGUUUAAAAACAUUACAGCAGUUGCAAAAAGUAUUCAGUCGUAAUUGUUGUAAAAGCACUAACAGUGUAUCAUGUUGUACAGAAACGUUGUUACCACCUUUAAUGAAGUGCCAAUUAACAAAAUAUCAAUAA